GACGGCCGCCAGACCGCGGGAAAGGUAUUCAGCGCACUCGCCCUUGCUGUUCAUUCCAAAUACACCGCAUCCUCACAAAAACACGUGUGCUCCACUGAGGGGACCCACCAUUAAAGAGAAAACCCGCGUGUUUUUCUCAAAGCGUUCUGGGAUGUGCAGGCGAUGCCGAAGGCUGCGUAUCCUUCAAGGAACGGGUGCCGCUCUCCGUUGCGGCGAACGAUCCAGCCGGCAAAACAUCGUGUAGGUGUUCGUUCUUCUGAGCAGCGUCUUCUUCUCCGGUGUUCGGUGGGCGACAGAGCCGGCGAGGCGGCACCGUCGUCGAUUCCGCGCGCCACAGCGGCUGACGCGUUGCGCCUUGUUUCCUACACCGAUGCAACGCUGCCACAACGCAGUGUACAUCCCUCACGGAGCGGCGGGGAGGUUGCACUGCAUCAGUGUGGCGCCCCCUCGCCUGCCUCUGCGCGUCGCUCCUUGCUUUCUGCUGCCGCAACGGCGCGACUUGAGAUGGAAACGGUCUCUAGCUGGAGUUCGACGACCAGUAUGGACGCGCGCACGGAGGCCGCCCGGCCUGACGUGGGCUACGUGGCUCCGCUGAGUCACGAACGUCCACUGCUGCCGCUUGGCAGCGGUGUAGCACCGCAGAAGAUGCCGUGCAAGCGCCUCCCUAAUGCUAGCUCGAUGCGUGCAGCGUUUGACCGCCUCAACGCCCGCCUUCGUCGCAUUCGUGAAGGGAAUGAAUCGGCGUCGUGCUCACGCGAUGCGGGUGCGCCUCCCCCGCCCUUGUGGUGCUCGGAAAAAGCUCUACACACGAAAGGCAUCGCACAAGACAACACGGGGUGGAAUUCGAAGCAGUCGGGGUGUUCUCCCGGUGCAGCUGCGGCCUCCGCUUCCACUGCGCCGACGCGCAGACCCGUCAUCGUCAAACGCGGAAAGCGCAAUGUCGGUCGCGUGCGCCCCUCUCGCGCGCCAUCGGCGCUCAUCACGUCCGCGCAGCUCCACGACGACGACAUCGACGUCUUGGCUGAGAAGGACGAAGAAGCGGACCGCUGCAGAUGGGCCGAGUCGCUUUAA